CACUUGAAGCGCUCUAUCCCUAACUAUUCUCGUGUACGAAUCAGCGUGCCUCUCUCUCUCUCUGAUGCGAGUGUAAAGGGUGCCAUUUGAUUUAUUCCUGACUGGAAACUUAAUUGCUCCGCCCCCGGGAUACCGUGUGACAAGUCAUUUCUCCUUUUGAUGUGUAUGUGUGUGUGUUAUGUGUGUGUGUGUGUGUGUGUGUUAUGUGUAUGUGUGUGUUUGUCCGGCGGACCUGCUCUCCGAGAAUCUUAAACAUAACUUCAACAAAGCCUGUGCUGGACUCCUGAGUAGAGAGAGAGAGAGAGAAAGACAACUUUGAUCAAAUACAGAGCCAACACUGAGCUUGUUUUUUGUUCUAUGAUUCUUGGUUCUGAUAAAAAGGAGAAUUGAAGCGCUUGGGUGUUUCACCAAAUUCUAUAUGUACCAGCGACCAUGGCCACGCCGAUGGCUCUGAUCCCGCCUGCUCCGGUGAAUCAGACUCUGAUCGCGACCCCUUCGUCCUCUUCCUCCUCCUCAUCUUCUUCCUCUUCUUCCUCGCCGGCCAUCUCGUCCAUUCCUGCGUCCUCGGCGACUGGCGGCGGAGUGGGUGCCGGGGCAGCACAGACUCUAUACCGAGCGGACGGGAGCUCCAAGCCGGUUUACUCCACGCCGUCUCCGGUGGAAAACACACCGCAGAACAACGAGUGUAAAAUGGUCGAGCUGCGAGCGGCCAAAGUGGCCUCGUUCACCGUGGAUGGACACGAGCUCAUCUGUUUGCCUCAGGCUUUCGACCUGUUCCUCAAACACCUGGUCGGGGGACUUCACACUGUCUACACCAAAUUAAAGAGGCUGGAUAUUACACCGGUGGUCUGCAAUGUGGAGCAAGUGCGCAUUCUCCGAGGGCUGGGGGCAAUUCAGCCCGGGGUCAACCGCUGUAAACUGAUCUCCAGGAAAGACUUCGAGGUCCUCUACAACGACUGUACCAAUGCCAGUUCCAGGCCAGGAAGACCUCCAAAACGAUCCCAGAGUGUUACAUCCCCCGAGAAUUCCCACAUCAUGCCGCACACUGUCCCAGGACUAAUGUCUCCAGGAAUGAUUCCACCUACAGGUCUUACAGCGGCAGCGGCGGCCGCAGCAGCAGCAGCAACCAAUGCAGCCAUCGCAGAGGCCAUGAAGGCAAAGAAGAUCAAACUAGAAGCCAUGAACAGCUUCCACGGUAACAAUAACCAGCAUGGCAAUGAGUCUGAAAAUGGUGACGUGAACUCUAGUAUCGGUAGCAUCGAUGGCUCCUGGGAUAAAGAGAAACUGCAGUCUCCCACUGCCCCAUCUACACAGGCUUCUGUCAGCCAUGCUGCCCUCUCCAGCCAGCACAACCUCGCAGUAAAUCAUUCCCUCAACUCCCUUCAGCAGAACCACUUAUUACCUAAUGGUCUGGAGCUCCCAUUUAUGAUGAUGCCCCAUCCACUUAUCCCUGUUAGCCUACCUCCGGCAUCAGUUACCAUGGCAAUGAGCCAGAUGAACCACCUUACCACUAUUGCUAAUUUGGCAGCUGCAGCACAAGUACAAAGUACCCCUUCCAGAAUGGAAACCUCAGUUAUUAAGGAACGUGUUCCUGACAGUCCUUCACCCACCCCAUCUUUGGAAGAUGGCCGUCAGCCAGGGAGUCAUCCUUCUUCCCACCGCAGCAGCAGCGUAUCAAGUUCACCAGCUCGAACAGAGUGCUCUUCCGACAGAAUCCCUGUCCAUCAGAAUGGAUUGUCACUUAACCAAGCACUGCUUGGUUUGUCCCCCACUAUCCAGCUUGGUAUCAAGGAAGGUGAUCUUGCCUGUCCAGAUGGAGGACAUGAAAUGAAAAGAAUACACACUGAAAAAGAUGCUGCUCAACCCACAGAUGUUCCUUCAACAAAUUGUUGCUCCAGAUUCCAGCAUCUGCAGACUCUUUUAUAUCCUGAUGAAGUCCUGAUGUCAAAUCCAACUGCAAGAGAUUGUUUUGAGAAACUUUCCCUGGCUAGCCAACAUCUACCACCAGGCUUCCCAGCUCCCUUCCUCUUCCCAGAUGGACUUUCUUCCAUAGAAACUCUGCUGACAAAUAUCCAGGGACUGCUGAAGGUUGCCAUUGACAAUGCCAGGGCACAAGAAAAACAAGUCCAAAUUGAAAAGACCGAGUUAAAGAUGGAACUGUUCAGGGAGCGGGAAAUGAGGGAAAGCUUGGAGAAGCAGUUAGCCGUGGAGCAGAAAAACAGAGCAAUAAUUCAGAAACGGUUAAAGAAAGAGAAGAAGGCAAAGAGGAAAUUGCAGGAAGCACUUGAAUUCGAGACCAAGCGUCGAGAACAAGCUGAGCAGGCAUUAAAACAAGCUGCCUCUGCGGACAAUCUCAGGGGCUUGAACGAUUCAGUGACCCAGGAGCUGGAAGCUGAUCGCAGCACUGGACGAACAGAUGCUGAAAGGACAAUACAAGGCCCUGUGGUCCUAGACUCUUCCACUACUGGAAAGAUCCUCUCCACAUCCACUCUACCAAGGCCUCAUUAUUCAGUGGGGUUUCAAUGAGAUCCCUCCUCAUCCGUCCAAAUUCCAAUGGAAGGAUGUAUCUGAAGUCAUCUGUAAUGUAUUAAAACAACUGCACCAUAUGACUCGAAAAUUCAACCAGGAUUAUGAGAAAAAAAAAUUGUAUAAAAAAUAAAAAUAAAGUCCUCUACUAACAUGCGGGUUAACUGCGUUUUUGAGACAGCUUUACCCAGUUUGCAUAACUGUGUUACUUUGCCAUCCAUGAAAUGUUUGAUGUAUUGCGAUGAUAUUCCUCUCCAGCAACUGACUUCAAUGGCAAAACUCUCUGAAAUAGACAAUCCUGAUAAGUAUGAAACACCCAGACGCAAAUAGUGACUGUCAUCAGGAGGUCACUGCUGACACUAUACGCGUCCUUUUUUGUGGACUAGACUCUGACCAGUGCUGACAAUUGCAAUGUUAAGCACAUCACGCAAAAAAAACAACUCACCAGUAGUGAAAAAGAAGCGAACAAACUCUUUUUAAAAUGUUUAUUGUUCCCCUUCACUUCUCAUUUGUUAUAGAUGGCAUGUUCAGACCAGCAAGAAAGCUUCUCAACCCUUUCUUUCCUGGAUCCAAAUGAAUUUUACUUAUAGGGCUGCCAGGUCAGUACGUCAAAUAAUAUUGCAGGGACAUUAAUGUUUCAACAGGGAGAUUAAAAGACUGGGUUGAAGGAAUAGGUAGAGAGAGAGAAGUGAGGAAGUUGUGUGUUGAGUAUACAGACAAAAUGUAACCCGUGGAAGAUAAACCUGGCAUUGAGAUUCCUCUGCUAAAUUUAAAAAUAAACACACUCAAAUGAAAGUGAAUGUAAGUUUUAAAAGUCACAAAAGAUAUAUAUGUGUGCUUUCCACACAGACACAUAUUUGUGAAUACUGUUUGCUUCUUGCCAAGCUGCUGGUCGUGUGUAUAUAAUAUGACACAGGGAGGUAAUGUGUAUGCAGUAGAUUAUUAGAGAAAAAACACAGUACUUUUGAGAUUUAAAUGCUGAUAUGUUUUGUCACAUUGUUUGUUCCAGACACUGCAAUUUUUGGUUAUAUUGCUCAUUAACAAAGCAUGCAGGCAUGUAAAUAUUUGUCCUCAAGUCACAGUAUUAUUGAACGAGAUCCUUGGCGUCUGUUUUGCGCCUUUUUAAGGUCAGUGUGGCAGGUGGGAAGCCCUGUCUGCCCAACAUUCAAUGAGGGGAGCCUCUUGUCUCUGCUCUCUGACACAGAACUGAUUAAAUUAAUUGAGAUUUGCGGCGUUGCAGCGUCAUGGAUUUAAAAAAGCAACAGAAAUGUUUCUCUCUUUGUUUCUUCCUAUAAUUAUUAUUUUUGUGUCAUCUUGAGGCAUUGCUCUUCAAAAAAAAAGGAACUUUGCAACACUUGAUGUAAUGGUUGAAACAAAAAACCUAGAUGAGUGGUGAGUUAAAGUCUGUAUUCUCCCUGUGUAAUAGGGAAGGAUGGUUUUGUGUAAUUAUCAAUGUCUUUGAUAAACUGUGUGAUCACCUUUGUGCAAAUAAUUGAAAGUAAACUCCAACACAGUGCUAAUUUGCUAGUGUAGCCUUUUCUCUUCAUUUUGCCUUUGUUCACUGCCAUGUUAACCAUUAAAAGACCACCCUUGCAGAGAAAACAAUCCCCACUGGCAUUGUUGACUACUAUGGACAGAGUAGGUCAACAGUAGACCACAAGAACAUGAGCAGGAGUAGGCCAUUUAGCUGCUUGUGCUUGCUAUAUCUUUUCAUGUAAUCAUGGCUGAUAUACUACUUCAGUCUAACCUUCCUGCAAUAAUCCUAUUUCCCUUAUUCCUUUCAUAAAAAUCUUUUGGUCUCUGUUUUGAAUCCACUCAGUGGCUGAGCUUUCCCAUUAUUCUUUAGUAGAGAAUUCCAAGAUUCACUCCCCUUGGGUGAUAAUCAUUUUUCUCGUCUCAGUUCUAAAUGGUUAACCACAAAUUUUGUGAUGGCAACCACUGAUACUAGACAAUCCAGCCAGGAGAAAAAUCAUUGUUCCUUCUCCCAUUCAAUUCCAAAUAUAAUUUUUUGUUUCAAUAAAAUCACCAUAUGCUCGUGUACGCUCGUGUAUAUAGCCCCAGUCAUUUUAACCUAAUCAUAUGACUAUUCUCCCACCCUCAUACCAAUUUCCCAGCAUUCAAUCUGGUGAACUUUCAUUGGAUUCUCUCCAAUAUCCUUCGAUAAAAAUACCAGUACUUUACACAAUAAUCCAGAUGCAGUCUCACCAGGGCCCUACAUAAUUGUAGUUGAACAUACUUUCUUUUGUACUCAUCAUCUUGCCAUAAAAGUCACAUAUUGUUUCCCUUCCUAAUUGCUUGCUUUACCUGCAUGUUAUCUUUCAGUGACUUUUGUGUACUAAGAAACCCGAGUCUCAUUGAACACUGACUUUUCAACCUCUCACUAUCUACAAAGUAUGCUACCUUUCUACUUAUUUCUAGCAGAAUUGUUUUUUUGCACACAAAUCAUAUCUUUCCACAUUAUAAUCCACGUGCCAAAUCUUUUUACGUGACCUAUCUAUAUCCCGUGAAAUGUAUUUGUAUUCAUUUCAAUAUCUACAAUGGAAUGCCUAUUUCAUCAUGGCAGGUCACUGUUUAUAGUUAUUGGCAAACUUUGUCCUACCAGAACAGAGACUGCUCUCACGAUGUUUUCAAUGUUACAACAGAACAUAUUUUUUUAUUUGUCAACACAUUUGGCUGAUGAAAUUAGGUUAUAUUCUUUAGAGUGUAUCUGUAUUAGCAAAAAAUACAAAAGCGAGGUUUACCAAAUUUUAAAUCACAUCAAAGACAUGAAAAAUUCACCAUUGAACUGGUGAAAUAAAUAAAAUUAACAAAUGCUGUUAUAAGUCUGACUAAAUCCACUAGCUUGUUCAUUAUAAACCAAAAUGAUGCCCAGCUAUACAAAUUGAUCAGAGGGUGGUUUUACAUUAGCCUAAUCCAGGAAUUUGGCAACAAGAUGUCUUUCUAGCACACACUGUAACAGCAGGAGGUUUAGUCUCGGGGGAUCAAUAUGUCAUGACAAAUAUCUUAAAGAAGGUUAAUAUGGAAAUAUAGUAAAAUGAGACAUCUUCAAAGAUUUUAACUGGCGAGUGAAGGAAUAAAUAUUUUUUCCAUACCUUCUCUAUUUUAUAUUUUCCAGCAUUGCAUUACAAAGCUUGCAAAAGGGAGGGAGAAAAAGUGAACUAUUUGUUUCUCUGGCCACGAUGGUCUUGAAAGGGUUAACAACUGAGAUGAUGCAAUUCUGCCAAAUAAAGCAUCCUUACUUGAUCUUUCUUUAAAAAAACAAAACAUCUUGAAAAAAAUUGUAUCUAACAUUUGUUGUUCCUCUGCACCUUGCAUAGAGUCUUUAAGUUAAUGUAGAUCACCUUGGGACAAUUAGAUUACAGAAUGUUCCCCUUUCCCACCUAAAUGUAGUUCAAGUGUGGUGAUUUGCAUCUCAACAAGUUAGCUAGCUAUUGGCAGGAUAGUAAGAUUAACUAUAUGCUGCCAAUAUAAAUAUGGCAUUCUCUUAAUCCAGUGAUUUGAAUGACUGGUAAUUUGAAGGUUGAUAACCGGUUGUCUUUUGUUGACUUGUUUGAGAUAACAAAUGCAUUGAAAGCAGAAAUAUGAAAGGUAAAAGGAAGCUUACGGAAACCCAAUACUAGAGGGGAUUUUAAGAGAAAAAGCUCUCUAGAAUAGAAAUGCAGGUUUUCUUUUAUAAAGUCAAAGAAAGGUUUUUUUUUUUAACAUAAUGGGAUUACCCUAGUUCUGUUGUUCAUUAAACUGUCCAUUGCCUCUCAGUACAAUACAUUUUCACUUUAUUGUUUAUAUACUUUUUAUCUUGAACAUGUAUGUUUUGGUAUCCUGUAUUAUAACCACAUUUGCGCUCUAUGCAAGCCCUUGGAACAGAACACACUCAUCUUCAACUAGGACAUACGAAAAUUGUCUAUUUUUAUCUAUAUAUUUAAAGUUUUCUAAAAAAAUGGUUAUUACAAAUUUUGUUGUACAAAAUCUGUACAAAAAGAUCUGUUUUUACAUCAUAAUGCAAGAAAUCGAGAUUUUUCUAUGGUAGCAUAGUUAUUUGAGCCUGGUUUAAAUGUGAGAACCACGUUUACUGUAUUGUAUUUAAUUUUCUUUCUUUUCAACAAUCUGCUAAUAAAAAAUGUCUGAACUCCA